GAAAGUGAAACAAUUAUCCUUGGCCCCUUUCAAUUGGGGCUUUUGCGGAGAGUUGAGUGAAAUAGGAUUUAGACAUAAGGGGUUAGGGCUUUUGCCGUGACAAGCUUCAUAGGACUUAACUUGCGAUCGCCGUCGACGGCAAAGGGGGACUCUUGGGGUUGUUUCAAUGGAGGAUGCACAAGAAGUAUCUGAUACAAUGUCAGACAAAGCUUCUGAGGAAACGCAGGAAACUCGCGAUGAAAUGCUUUCUAGGCACAGGAAAGAGAUAUCAAAACUUCAGGACAAGGAAACUGGAAUGAAAAAGGCAGCUGCCAAAGGGAGCAAGGCUGAACAAAAAGCUAAGAAAAAGCAGGUGGAGGAACAGAUUACUCGGCUUUCUGCUAAUCUCAAAGAAAAACAGGCUGCAGAACUUGCUUCCUUAGGCUAUAGCGCUAGUAACGGAAAUGAGAAGAGCAAACUCGACACUUUAGUGAAGGCCAUAGCUGGUGUUUCUGUCACCAGUCAACCUGAACAUGCAAAGCCCAGCAAGAGCUCAAAGAGGCGAGAAAAGAGGGCUCAGCAAGAUGCAGCUAGGGAGCAAAGAAUUCAAGAAGAGCAGAGCAACCUAGUAAGUGAUCGAGUGAUUGAGGAUGAGAAACUAGAGAAAAAGCUCGAACCCUUUGGCUUGAUCAUUAAAGAAAUAAAGCCCGAUGGACAUUGCCUCUACCGAGCUAUCCAGGAUCAGCUGGCUCACCUUUCAGGAGGUUCAUCACCUUACACGUACCAACAGCUUCGAGAAAUGGUGGCUGCUUAUAUGAGGAAGCAUGCAUCUGAUUUUCUCCCUUUUUUCUUAUCGGAGAAUCCGGCAGAUGGAGAUUCUGAUGAUUCACUUGCAGAGAGGUUUGAGAACUACUGUAAAGAAGUGGAGUCAACAGCAGCAUGGGGAGGACAGCUAGAGCUUGGUGCUUUAACUCACUGCCUCAAAAAGCCUAUCAAGAUAUACUCAGGAUCCUUCCCUGAUGUGGAGAUGGGCAAGGAGUACAAAUCCGAUAGCGCGACUGGUUCCUCCGAUUCGCGGAUUAUGUUGUCAUACCAUAAGCAUGCAUUUGGGCUUGGUGAGCACUAUAAUUCCGUAGUUCCAAUAUGAUCAAAUAGCUGCAACCGUGGAUGCACACUUGCUCAUCUGGUUUGUAAUUUGUGGUGUGAACAAGCACGUUUUGCGCCCUGAAUUAACUAUCGAUACUACAAAGACUGGUUAUAUUGAGAUUGGUUUUUCUUUUUCUGAGGA